GAGAGUUUUGGCUCAGGUGUUCAAUUCGAACUGUAACGGAACCGAAGAAGCCAUGAAUUAGUUUCAGGCUCUUUAAACUCCAAUAACUACAUGAUCUCAUCAAACUUUUAUGCAAGAAAGCAGCAAAAAGGAAAGAGGGUAUGUACAGAUUAAAUUUAGGAAUUUACACUUUUUCUCGUAAAGUAUGUCAUCAACUUGAGCAUACAGAAGUGAAUCAUCAUAUACGUAGAUCUGUGAAUUCGUGCGGACCUGUUCAUUCUAGUUCUGAUUCAAAUUGGGUAUUGAGUAAUUUGUCGAAAUGUGGUCGAGUUGACGAUGCCCGUAAACUGUUCGAUGUAAUGCCUGAGAGGGAUGAGUGUUCUUGGAACACAAUGAUUGGUGCUUAUGCCAACUCAGGAAGAUUAAAUGAGGCGAGAAAACUUUUUUAUGAGGCCCCAAUUAGGAGUUGUAUCACUUGGUCUUCCCUCAUUUCUGGGUAUUGUCGAUAUGGGUGUGAUGUAGAAGCACUUGAAUUGUUUUGGGAAAUGCAGUACGAGGGAGAAAGGCCUAACCAGUUCACUUGGGGCAGUGUUCUUAGAGUUUGUUCAAUGUAUGUUUUGCUUGAGAAAGGGAAACAGAUUCAUGCCCACGCUAUAAAGACCCAGUUUGAUUCGAAUGCUUUUGUUGUCACUGGUCUUGUUGACAUGUAUGCUAAGUGUAAGUGCAUUUUGGAGGCUGAGUAUCUCUUUGAAUUGGCCCCUGAUAAGCGGAAUCAUGUUCUGUGGACUGCCAUGGUUACUGGGUACUCUCAGAAUGGUGAUGGGCAUAAAGCAAUUGAGUGUUUUAGAGACAUGAGAGGAGAGGGGAUUGAGUGCAAUCAGUUCACCUUUCCAAGCAUAUUGACAGCUUGUGGGUCGAUUUCAGCCUGUGGUUUUGGGGCACAGGUGCAUGGCUGCGUAGUUCGCAGCGGUUUUGGGGCUAAUGUGUUUGUUGGAAGUGCAUUGGUGGACAUGUAUUCAAAAUGUGGGGAUUUGAGUAAUGCAAGAAGGAUGUUGGAGACUAUGGAGGUAGAUGAUCCGGUUUCUUGGAAUUCCAUGAUAGUUGGGUGUGUAAGACAGGGGCUUGGGGAGGAAGCUCUGUCCUUGUUUAGAAUAAUGCACUUGAGACAUAUGAAAAUAGAUGAGUUCACCUACCCAUCUGUUCUAAACUGCUUUUCUUUUGUGAUGGAUAUGAGAAAUGCAAUGUCUGUGCAUUCUUUGAUUGUCAAAACUGGGUUUGAAGCUUACAAGUUAGUGAACAAUGCUCUUGUUGACAUGUAUGCUAAACGGGGAUACUUUGAUUAUGCAUUUGAUGUCUUUGAAAAAAUGACAGAAAAGGAUGUGAUCUCAUGGACCUCCCUGGUAACAGGCUGUGUGCAUAAUGGGUCUUAUGAAGAAGCUCUCAGGUUGUUCUGUGAGAUGAGAAUCAUGGGGAUUCAUCCAGACCAAAUUGUCAUUGCUGCUGUUUUGAGUGCCUGUGCAGAACUUACAGUUUUGGAAUUUGGUAAACAAGUCCAUGCCAACUUUCUUAAAUCUGGCCUUGGAUCAUCCUUAUCAGUAGACAAUUCCCUUGUAUCCAUGUAUGCAAAAUGUGGGUGUAUUGAAGAUGCUAACAAAGUCUUUGACUCAAUGGAAAUUCAGGAUGUGAUUACUUGGACAGCUCUAAUAGUUGGCUAUGCACAGAAUGGAAGAGGAAGGGAGUCUCUCAACUUUUACAACGAUAUGAUAACAAGCGGUGUAAAACCCGACUUCAUUACUUUCAUUGGAUUAUUAUUUGCUUGCAGCCAUGCAGGUCUUGUGGAACAUGGUCGCAGCUACUUUCAAUCAAUGGAGGAGGUUUAUGGGAUAAAACCUGGUCCUGAACACUAUGCAUGCAUGAUUGACCUUCUAGGCCGCUCAGGAAAACUCAUGGAGGCCAAGGAACUGCUGAAUCAGAUGGCUGUGCAGCCAGAUGCAACUGUGUGGAAGGCACUGCUUGCUGCAUGUAGAGUACAUGGGAACGUAGAACUGGGGGAGAGAGCUGCAAACAACCUCUUUGAAUUGGAACCCAAGAAUGCAGUGCCCUAUGUUCUGCUAUCUAACCUCUAUUCUGCUGCCGGUAAAUGGGAAGAGGCUGCGAAAACCCGAAGAUUGAUGAAACUAAGGGGAGUAAGCAAGGAACCCGGGUGCAGCUGGAUUGAGAUGGGCAGCAAAGUGCAUAGAUUUAUGUCUGAAGAUAGAAGCCAUCCAAGAACUGCUGAGAUUUAUUCAAAGGUUGAUGAGAUCAUGAUAUUAAUCAAGGAAGCUGGAUAUGUUCCAGACAUGAAUUUUGCUCUUCAUGACAUGGAUGAAGAGGGUAAGGAGCUGGGUCUUGCAUAUCACAGUGAGAAGCUGGCCGUUGCUUUUGGGCUCCUCACCAUGCCACCUGGGGCACCAAUCCGGAUUUUCAAGAAUCUCCGCAUCUGUGGAGAUUGUCAUACUGCUAUGAAGUAUGUAUCAGGAGUUUUCCACCGGCAUAUUAUUUUGAGAGAUUCGAAUUGUUUUCAUCAUUUCAGAGAAGGAGCAUGCUCUUGCAGUGAUUAUUGGUAGAAGCUUCAUCUUCUUCCCCGUCUCCCCCCUACUUUUCCUACAAGGGUCAUUGAAAGCCUACUUCUCUGAGCUGAUUCUGACGAGGAGUUGCACCUUGUAUGAAAACCAAGUUUGUCAAGAUUAAAGUUCAACACCUACAGAAGCGAUACCUUUAUUUUUUUCCUGGGAGAAAACUCGAGACAUUUAUCACAGGUGAAGGUGGACAUGGCUGGAACCCAAAUGCAAACAUGCCUGAAUCCCACAAUAUGCAGGACUGAAAAGUGUUUGCUAUGUAAGUUUUAACGUUCGGCUUAGAUUGUUUAUGUUUGUUGUACAGCGUUGACCAUGCUGUGUGAUCGGUCAUAUUCACCAAUCCCAUUUCCCACGCUCAUCCUACGAACGAAUACAUUACAAAGGAUUUAGAACACCAAGAAAGACCGUUGUCUUCCCAUUUGAGGCGAUCUCCAUCCACACCUUCAAAGAUACAAUGUAUCAUUGGACCAAUAUUCUCCAGAUUGAACCAAAGGCUGAUCUGGACACAGCUGGGUAGCUGAUCGUUCAAAUUCUCAUCAUCAUUCACUGAUUCUGCCUUUGACGACCCGCUAACAUUCCGAGUCCAAAUUGGGAACUGUUUCACCAUGAUGCGGAAGCUAAUAUGAGAUGACGAUGAGAUAAUUUACAAUGGGCAAUUGAACAUGAAACUAUUUGAAAGAUCUGGUUCCAAUGUUUAAUCUUAUAACGACUUGUGUGAU